GGCGGCAUGACUGUACUGAAUGCAGAAAUUCUUUAUCCUGGCAAUGUUCCGGAAUCAUUGGCCACUGCCUUCGUCAGGCCCGAGCAGCCAGUGACCCAUGAGCAUCCGAGUAAACGUCGCAAGCUGGCUUCGGCAACUCGGAGUCUUAGACAGUUCAAUGGGUUAUCGGACUCACGGGUACCAAUAGGUUAUAUACCACUGGCGCGUUUCAACCUGCGCUUGAACUUUGAUUCUGCAACUCAUGAUCGAGAUGACAAGGAUGGUGCUACCGAGCCGCUGGAUACUGUACCUGUCAUCCUCGAUGUAAAUAGGGUUGCUCCGACCCAGUCUGCCACUGUUCAGAAUGAAGGGCUGCAUAGCUGUCUCAGCCUGGCACUAGUGUCGGCUUUUGGGCGUGAAACAGUUUUCACUAUUGAAAGCUCUGAUUCGGAGCUCGUUAUAUUGGGUAAUCAUCUGUCUCUCGCCUCAAGCCUUGCUUGCGCCGACCACUUUCAAAAGAAUGUGCCUUCAAUUUGUUAUCAAUCUACUCUUCACUGUCUGUCUGAUGGGAAGACGUUCAGCUUGGAGACGGUCAUCAUGUGGAGGGACUCCCUUGAUGUCCCAGAUAUCAAUAAGAUGCCGACUGGUCCAGCAAAAGUCUUCUCGAGGUACAUCUUGCGGGAUGAUGAUGACACAGUAUUCGAAAAUCUUCGGCAAAAGCACCGUAGGGAUAUGGGUGCAACAGGUUGGUCACCACGUGACUUCUAUGACAAUGUACAUGUCCCACCAGACAAUCCUGCUUCAUCAGCAGAUAUAAAGUGUGACUUGUUAGAGUGUCAGCUUUUCCCCUUUCAAAGAAGGGCAGUCAGAUGGUUAUUGCAAAGGGAAGGCGUGGAACUUCAACCCGACGGGAGAAUUGCUCCUUUAAAGCGGGAGUCUACCAGUGACCUGCCACUGUCCUUUAUUAGGUUUACUGAUGCGGAUGGUAAAGAGUGUUUCGCCAGCCAGUUGUUUAUGGUCGUUACUUCCAAUAUCACAAGCUGGUAUGAUGCCGAGAACGUCCUUAAUGGGGGCGUGCUAGCCGAGGAGAUGGGUUUGGGUAAGACGGUCGAAAUGAUCACCUUGAUUUGCCUCCAUCGACGCUUCACGUUCUCGGAGGAUACAGGCCAGCAUGAACGCGCCGACGGCUUGAAGCCAUCAAGAGCGACUUUGAUCAUAACACCCCCGGCGAUCCUUGAGCAGUGGCGGCAAGAGAUUGAAUUGCAUGCUCCAGGGCUGAGUGUAUAUCACUAUGAAGGGAUUCAGCGUCAUCCGAAACUCGCAGAUAAUGAACUGGUCGAGCUAAUAUCGGAUCAUGAUGUUGUGCUGACUACCUACAACGUUCUUGCUCGGGAGGUCCACUAUUCUGGUGAUGCUCCAAAGCGAAACCUGCGCCAUGAGAAGCGUUUCGAGGCAAGAAAAACGCCGCUUGUUCAGAUAUCCUGGUGGCGGGUCUGCCUAGAUGAAGCACAGAUGAUUGAGAGCGGUGUCAGCAAUGCAGCGAGAGUUGCUCGUCUGAUUCCACGUCAACUAGCUUGGGCGGUAACUGGAACGCCUCUUCGUAAAGAUAUCACAGAUCUUCUGGGUCUGCUGCUCUUUCUUCAUUACGAACCCUAUUGUGGCUUCAUCUGGAAUAGGCUAUGCGUGUCUUUCCGAUCUAUUUUAGCACACAUAGUUCACACAAUUGCCCUUCGUCAUAGCAAAGAUCAUGUUCGCGAUGAGCUUCGUUUGCCACCACAGAAGAGGGUCGUUAUAACAAUCCCUUUCACUGCAGUGGAAGAGCAACAGUAUGGCCAGCUGUACGAGCAGAUGUGUGAAGAUUGUGGCCUUGAUUUAUCAGGCGCACCGACAACUGAUGAAUGGAAUCCUAAUGACCCGUCAGUGGUUGAGAAGAUGCGAAGUUGGCUAGUCAGGCUCCGUCAAACCUGCCUUCAUCCUGCAGGCACCGGUCGCCGGACUUUGGGCGUUGGAUACAACGGUCCCUUACGGUCGGUGAAUGAGGUGCUCGAGGUCAUGAUCGACCAGAAUGACGUGCUCAUACAUGCAGAAGAGCGCACUUUGCUCCUGUCUCAGCUUCGGCGGGGGCAGUUGCUGGAGAAUGCAAUGCGCAAGCAUGAAGCACUCCAACUGUGGAAGGAGUGCCUGGAACGAGCAAGUGCAAUCGUUAAAGAAUGCCGGGACCGGUUGCAAACGGAACGUAUGAAGAGUCGAGUCACAUCCGCAGACGAUAACCAAGAUUUUGUGUCAGUAGACUCAUUAAGUGAUAACGAGGCGGAAGAAACCGAAAAGAACACUCGCAUUGGUACAUAUCGUCAGAGACUGCGCUUAGCUCUCGAGGUCCAACACAUCUGUGUGUUCUUUAUGGGGAACGCGUAUUACCAGAUCAAGUCAGAUCCGAAGCUCACUGAACAGGACUCUGAACAGGACUCUGAACAAUUCAAACUCCUCGAGAAACAGGAAGAGGAGGCGUAUACCACAGCGAAAGCCAUCCGGAAGGAGAUGCUGGUUGAUAUAUCCCGAAAGGUCGGCCAUUACAUGAAAUUGAUAAGGGAAAGGUCGCACAAGAAGGAAUUCGUGAACAUUCCCAAGAUGAAGCCCCAGGUAUAUAGCACAGGGCUAGAAGGUCGGCGCGUGAUCGAGAAAUUCGAAGACUUUUGUGAAGCCAUGAAUCAGCAUGCUGCACAGUACGAUAACUGGCGUCAAACCAUGAUAAAGUUCCUCUCCCAGUCACUCAUCGACCAAGAGGAUGAGUCGGAGCUCGAAGGUGACGAGUAUGAAAAAUCCACUAAGCACCAGGAUGAAAUGUACGUUUACAUGGAAGCCUUGCGCGCAAUGUUCGCCGACCGUCAUGAUUGCUUAACUGGACAAAAGAACGUUCUCAUUGCCCAUGAAGUUAAGCAAGGAAUUAUCCAAGCACAAAAGGGCGAAGGGCCUUCUCCAACCCUAUUCUUGGAAGUGAUGAACCUACGCAGUAAUCUGAAGCCUGGUCCGCAACUCGGGUCCCUUCGAGGCAUUAUCAGUGAGCUUCGCAGCCUGACCACCGCGCUUGAAUGGCAAGCGAAUGAAGGAAGUUCUCGAGCGCGUGCAGAGCUCGAGAAUGUCAGUCUUGUGCUAAGACAUGCAAGCCAACUGGCAGCUGAACAGUCCAAGGCUGCUUCCAGCUUGGAGAGGGAGGUUGAGAUGUUCCGAGAUACGAUGAACAAUCGGCUUGAAUAUUAUCGUCAACUGCAGCAGAUAUCUGACACUGUUGCCCCAUAUGAUGAAAACAGUGUUGGUCAGCCGUUGGAUGUGACACUCUUCACUUCGAAGCUCAAAAAGGAGAGUGAAAUUGACGAGAAAAUCUCUUCUUUGCGAGCAAAACGUCGGUACCUAAUCCAUCUGCGAGAUGAGUCUGGCUCGGACGAGACAUCAAGAAUAUGUGUCAUCUGCCAGUCUGGGUUCGAAGUCGGUGUUCUGACGGUUUGCGGUCAUAAAUAUUGCAAGGACUGCUUGCGAAUGUGGUGGCAUCAGCAUCGAACUUGCCCUACGUGCAAGAAACGCUUGAAAGCAAACGACUUCCACCAGAUCACGUAUAAGCCGCAAGAGUUUGUCGUGCAGGAGGAGAAAGCGCCAACUAAACUAGAGUUCGAACGUCCUUCGAAAAACUCUAUAUAUGCCGAUAUAAGCUCGAGCACAUUGAAAGAAAUCAAAAACAUUGACCUGGAUAGCUCCUAUGGCACAAAGAUUGAUACUUUGGCACGGCACAUCUUAUGGCUUCGGGAGCAUGAUCCUGGGGCCAAGUCGGUUGUAUUUUCUCAGUACAAAAACUUUCUUGAAAUCCUCGCCAAUGCGCUUUCCCGGUUCAAGAUUGGUUUCAGCAGCGUUGACACCAAGGAUGGCAUCCAAACCUUCAAAAGUGACCCUGCAGUUGAAUGCUUCCUCUUACACGCCAAAGCACAUUCCUCCGGUCUCAAUUUAGUAAAUGCCACCCAUGUCUUCCUUUGUGAGCCUCUGAUCAACACUGCAAUUGAGCUUCAGGCUAUCGCUCGCGUACACCGCAUUGGCCAACAUCGGCCCACCACUGUUUGGAUGUAUCUGGUUUCCGACACCGUCGAGCAGUCAAUCUAUGACCUCUCGGUGUCGCGUCGCUUAGCCCACAUAGUGCAGAAGGAGAAAAAACAGGAAAAACAGCUCGCUAGUACCUCGGACAAUGGAACAUCAAUACCCAAUCUCACCGAAACUGCCAUUGAUUCGGCUAACUCUUUAGAGUUGCAAGAUGCAGCACUGUCCAAGUUAAUGGCCGGCGGGGCAUCAGGAGGUGAAAUGGUGAAGAAAGAUGAUCUAUGGCAGUGUAUUUUUGGUAAUUCGAGCCAGAACAAACCCACAAAUGGUCAUCUGGCCAACGCCGGAGGUGAAGUUGCAAGGUUCUUGAGGGGUGAGGCAGCUGAACAGAGAAGGGCGGCUACUGCCCACGCUUGACCUUCAGCGAAAGAUGAUGACUGUAUUAUACGAAUCACAUAGUGUGGC